UGGCUCAAGCGGAGAAUCCAGAAGCAGCAACCAGUGCCAGACACCGCUGAUCCGAGCAAUUUGAGCGACAUGCAGAACGACGAGGGCAGGAUCGUUGACCUUUAUCUGCCACGUAAGUGCUCUGCCACCAAUCGCCUGAUCCCAGCAAAGGAGCAUGGCGCUGUUCAGUUGAAUGUGGCUCAGGUGGAUGAGAAUGGCACCUACUCUGGCGAGUUCUUCACAUUUGCUCUGGCUGGUUUCAUUCGGCAGCGUGGUGAGAGCGAUGCUUGCUUGAACCGCUUGCUCUAUGCAGGGAACUUAGAACAUCUUAGAACUCUCAACCCUCAGGAUUGUUCAAUUUUAUGCUGUAAGCUUGUCCUUAAACCAGCAACAUGCUAUGGCAUCGUUCGGGUAUCCGGGGAAUCCGUGGUUUCUCGUUGCCCAGGAAAAGGGUCUGUUGACCUUCUCCAAGUGAGUGCGUUCUCGACGGCGACCAAAGUUGGUUCUGCUUCGGAAAAUGCGCAACC